AUGGCUGAGGUGGAUUUGACAGAGAGCAACGGCACUGCCCUCGUAGCCACCGCCGUAACAUUCCUUAUUCUCUCCUGGUUUUCUGUCAUUCUUCGAGUCUAUGUUCGCGCUUUUAUGACCAAAGGCUUUCAAGCAGAUGACUGGCUCAUGCUUGUUGCCCAGGGGGUUUUCACUCUCUCUUGUUCUCUGAUUCUCGCCGGCGUACAUGUUGGCUUGGGACACCACAACCGGGCUCUUGGCCAGAAGGAAGAGAUAUCGGCCUUGAUGUAUCAAGCGUUAGCGACAGCCACGUAUGUGUUGGACAUGCUGUUCAUCAAAUUGAGCAUCGGUUUCUUCUUAUUACGUCUCUCCAACUCCAAGGCCUACAAUUGGAUCAUAUAUAUCAGUCUGGCAAUCGUUACCGUCUGGAGUACAGUCAUCUUUUUCUGGAAUGUUUUCCAGUGCUCCCCGGUGCAUGCGCAAUGGGACUAUACCAUCCCUAACUCUCAAUGCGUGUCGCCAGACGCGGUUGUGGCGGCCGCCUACUCAAUCAGUGUCAUGACAAUCUUGAGUGACUGGCUAUAUGCUCUUAUGCCCAUACCGAUGAUAUGGAACGUCAAAAUGACAACCCAAGCCAAGGCCACCGUCAUUGUUAUCCUUGGACUGGGAAUCUUGCAAGCCGCUAGCAUCGCUACCCUUAUUCGACUCAAGUUCCUGGCCGAUCUCAGUGACUUGAGCGAUAUUCUUUUUAUGGGAACAGAUGCCAUGGUGUGGACUCUCGUCGAGCCCGGAGUUGCCAUUGUCGCCUCAAGUCUGGUCACGAUUCGACCCCUUCUUCGAGCGUGGCGACUAAGCGGUUUCACUUCGACCGACCGAACUCCAGGGAUGAGUGGUGUGGGUGGUGGGAUGAGAUCGGGAGGCUUGAGGUCUGGGACAACACGAUCGGGUCGCCUCCCGCCGGGAUAUGGUGUCGGCGACAUUGACGUGGACUUGGAGUUAAGUGGCAUUGAAAAAUACGAAAAAGAGAUCGGCUCAACGUCUCGAUCAGGCACACGCCCCAACGACUCGAUGUCUAGCUCACAAGUUGUAUCGAAGGAGCCGGACGGUCCGCUGACCCCGGACUUCAUGACACCACCAAAUCGAGGUCGAUCAAGCGUUGCCGGAAGCAAAAUAUACGUCGUCAAAGGCGAAGACCGGCCACGUGAUACCUGGACAAGAUACGGACAGGAGUCGCCGAGCGCAUCGUCUGUCGAGCUUGAUGGUCUCGAUGCGCAAAGUCAGCAUAGUGGACGAGUCGGCCUUGGUGGGGGUGGGCAUAAUUGA